AUGCAAUUAACGAUAUCUUUAUUUAAUGGUGAAAUUAUAUCAAUUGAUGUACCAGGUUCAUUAACAUUAGACGAUUUUAAAGCUUAUUUACAAGCAGAAACUAACAUAGAACCUAAAUUACAAAUAUUAAAACUUAAUAAUCAAGAAAUUUCAUUAAAUAAAUCAUUAGAAGAAUUGGGUAUUAAAGAUCAUGAUUUAUUAACAUUAAAUAAGAAACAAAGUAUACAACCAGUACAACAAGAUCCUGUUUCCGAAAGAGUUGAGAUGUUACGUUUCCAAAUUUUAUCUGAUCCAGAAAUGCAGCAACAAAUAAGGCUUCAACAACCAGAAUUGCACCUGGCAUUAAAUAAUCCUGCAAGAUUCAAGGAAUUAAUGAUUAAUCAAGUUAGACAAGAUCAAAAUUUAAACGUUAGAAAUCAAGAAGAACUAAGAAGAUUACAAGAAGAUCCUGAUAAUCCAGAAAAUCAAGCUAAAAUUUUAGAUAUGAUUAAACAAGAAGCUAUUGAAGAAAAUAUGAAAUUAGCAUGGGAUUUAACUCCUGAAGCUUUUACUUCAGUUAAUAUGUUAUUUUUAAAAUUAAAGAUUAAUGGUGUUGAACAAAUUGCCAUGGUUGAUUCAGGAGCCGCAAUGACUACGAUUAGUCCUGAUAUUGCUGAAAAAUGUGGAUUAACAAGAUUAAUUGAUAAAAGAUUUCAAGGUCAAGCUGUUGGUGUGGGAACUCAGGAAAUUGGUGGUAAAAUUCAUUCAGCUCCAAUUGAAAUUCAACAGUAUGAAUUACCAUGUUCAUUUUUUGUUGUUGAUACAUCAGUUGGUAUUUUGAUUGGUUUAGAUAUGUUGAAAAGACAUAGAUGUAUAAUUGAUUUGGAGACCGAUACUUUAAUUAUUGGUAAACAUAUACAUGCUAAAUUUUUAUCAGAACUGGAAAUUCCUAGAAAAGAUUUAGGUGGUAAUAUCUUUCAAAGAGAAGGGUAA